AAAAAAAAAAAAAAACAAUUUGUUACAGAAAUCACGAAGCUCCGCCCUCGAUGGCAGAGCGACGUCUCUCUCACUUCACUUGUUUCUCACUCUUCCUCCAAUUUCCCUCGCUUUCCAUUCCAACUCAUACAUAAUCAACCGCAUUUGCUGUUGUUAUCCCUAUCUCUCUCUCUCACAACCGACACACUCUCGCACAGAAUUGGGAUCUCACAAAUGAAGGGGGGCGGCGGAAUUUCCGAUCUCUUCAAAUCGGCCACGCUCAUCAGAAUCUCGGGAUUUCUACUGAUUUCAGUCGUUUUCUUCUACUUAGGCAAACAUUUCGCCGACGGCUCAGCGCAGCAGCUCCUUUUCUUCACCUCUCAACAGAAUUCAGGGACGGGGUCGUCCUCCGCCGCCGUUGCGCUCUCUCCCAACCUCGACAAGACCUUUGAUGUCUCUUCAGUUAUAAACGAGACCGCCUCAUCGCCGCCGCCGGAGAAUAGCCCUCCUCCUCCUUCUCCUCCGCCCCCGCCGCCGCCUCCGCCGGCAUUGCAGAGGAUGGGGGUGGUGGACGAGAAUGGGAAGAUGACGGAUGAUUUUGAGGUGGGGGAGUAUGACCCGGAAUUGGUGGAGAAUUGGUCGAAAACGAAUGAGAGUGAGGGGUUGGAGAGCGAUGGGAAGGGGGAUAAGGUUAGGGUUAGGGUGAAGAAGUUCCCGCUGUGUGCGGCGAGUAUGAGAGAGCAUAUACCUUGUUUGGACAAUGAGGAGGCGAUUAAGCAGCUGAAUUCUACGGAGAAAGGGGAGAGAUUUGAGCGGCAUUGUCCUCAAGAGGGAAAGGGCUUGAAUUGUUUGAUCCCUGCUCCUAAAGGUUACAAAACUCCAAUUCCGUGGCCCAGAAGUCGUGAUGAGGUUUGGUUUAGCAAUGUUCCGCAUGCUCGUUUGGCUGAGGAUAAAGGAGGCCAAAAUUGGAUCUCCAUUAAGAAGGACAAAUUUAAGUUUCCUGGAGGCGGGACACAGUUCAUUCACGGAGCUGAUCAAUAUUUGGAUCAGAUUCAAAAGAUGCUCCCUGAAAUCGCAUUUGGUCGACAUACUCGGGUUGCUCUGGAUGUUGGUUGCGGUGUUGCGAGCUUUGGUGCUUAUUUACUUUCAAGGAAUGUUCUCACCCUCUCAGUGGCCCCAAAAGAUGUUCAUGAGAACCAGAUACAAUUUGCACUUGAACGUGGGGUGCCUGCAAUGGUUGCAGCAUUUGCAACAAGGCGUUUGCUUUAUCCAAGUCAAGCGUUUGAUCUGAUACAUUGUUCAAGGUGUAGAAUCAACUGGACUCGGGAUGAUGGGAUUUUGCUACUUGAGAUCAAUAGAAUGCUCCGGGCAGGUGGAUAUUUUGCUUGGGCAGCACAGCCUGUUUAUAAACAUGAAGCUGCCCUUGAACAACAAUGGGAAGAGAUGGUUGAUCUUACAACUCGACUAUGUUGGACACUUGUGAAGAAGGAAGGAUACAUAGCCAUAUGGCAGAAACCCUUAAAUAACAGCUGCUAUUUGAGCCGUGAAGAAGGAACAAUGCCACCAUUAUGUGCUCCUGAUGAUGACCCCGACAAAGUUUGGUACGUUGAUCUGAAGGCAUGCAUAUCACGUUUACCUGAGGAAGGAUAUGGCUCAAACGUCACAGCUUGGCCGGAACGCUUACAGACUCCUCCAGAUAGGCUUCAGAGCAUACAAAUUGAUGCUUACAUAUCCAGGAAAGAACUUUUCAGGGCAGAAUCAAGAUAUUGGAAAGAAAUAAUUGAGGGUUAUGUACGUGCUUUGCAUUGGGGAAAGUUCAAACUUAGGAAUGUACUGGACAUGAGAGCGGGCUUUGGAGGUUUUGCAGCAGCACUAAUUGAAAACAAACUGGAUUGCUGGGUGCUCAAUGUUAUCCCUGUCAGUGGACCUAAUACAUUGCCCGUUGUAUACGACCGUGGUCUUAUUGGAGUUAUGCAUGACUGGUGUGAACCGUUUGACACGUAUCCAAGAACCUACGACUUAAUUCAUGCUGCUGGACUUUUCUCAAUUGAACGAAAAAGAUGCAAUGUCUCUACCAUCAUGCUUGAGAUGGACCGAAUUCUGAGGCCUGGCGGACGCGUGUACAUUCGCGAUUCCCUCGCUGUUAUGGAUGAGCUUCAAGAGAUCGGAACAGCUGUGGGCUGGCACGUAGCAAUGAGGGACACCUCCGAAGGGCCUCACGCCAGUUAUAGGAUCUUGACGUGUGAUAAGCGCCUCAUACGCUCCUGAGGAAGCAAGGUAUCGUAUCGUAGGUAGUGACUUGUACAUUCUGGGACCGUGAUCCACGGCCGCAUCAGCUAACGGGUUAUCAUUUGCAAAGAAUAGUUACGUUUAGGAGCAUCAAGGAAUGAAUGGUACAAGAAAGAGGUUACUCUACUCCGUUGUAACAUAGGUCAAAAUUAAAAGCCUAAAAACCAUGUAUGGUUUCUUUCUUUUUUUCUUUUUGAUAUUUCAUUUUUUGCUGUUAUUUGGUUCUUGUAUUCCCUUAAUUAUUGUCACUUCAAAUAGUGUUUCAAAGUAUUUAUGGACGCAUUAAAUAUUAAAUUUUUGUUGAUAUGUA